CCACUUUACAGCCUUCGAAUCCAAGUUGAAGGUGAAAGUCUUAAAAACGACUCGCCGCUCAGGUGACUUCAGUUCGGGGAGCCAUGUCGGUCUUUCGUGAGGUCACGCUAGCUGCCCCUGUAGCUGUCUUUAAGUUGACGGAGGAUUUCAACAACGACCCGUUUCCUGACAAAGUGAACCUCGGAGUGGGAGCCUACAGGACAGACGAAUCCAAGCCUUGGGUUUUACCUGUGGUAAAAAAGGUGGAAAAGAUUAUUGCUCACGACGACAGGUUGAACCACGAGUACCUGCCCAUCCUGGGCCUGCCUGAGUUCAGAUCCUCUGCCUCCAAGAUUGUACUGGGAGACGACAGUUCUGCCAUCCAGGAGGACAGGGUGGGGGCUGUCCAGUGUCUCGGUGGUACCGGUGCUUUGAAGAUCGGCGCAGAAUUCCUUAAACGCUUCUACAACGGGAAUAACAACACAAAAACACCCGUUUAUGUGUCUGCACCUACCUGGGAAAAUCACAAUGAUUUGUUCAUCAGCGCCGGCUUCGAGGAUAUCCGUCCGUACAGCUACUGGGAUGCAGAGAAGAGGGGGCUUGAUUUUAGUGGGUUUCUGGGGAACUUGGAGAGUUGUCCGGAGCGCUCUAUUUUUGUCCUGCAUGCUUGUGCCCACAAUCCAACUGGGACAGACCCCUCACAAGAGCAAUGGAAGCAGAUAGCUGAAGUCAUGAAGAGGAGGAAGCUGUUUGUGUUCUUUGACUCAGCCUAUCAGGGAUUUGCCACGGGCAAUCUAGAGAAAGAUGCCUGGGCUGUCCGCUAUUUUGUCUCCAUGGGCUUUGAAAUGUUUUGUGCUCAGUCCUUCUCCAAGAACUUUGGCCUUUACAAUGAGCGCGUGGGAAACCUGACGAUCGUUGCUCGUAAUUCGGACCUCCUGAAAAGGGUUCUCUCCCAGAUGGAGAAGAUUGUCAGAAUCACCUGGUCCAACCCACCGACUCAGGGAGCUCGCCUUGUUGCUGUCACCCUUAACUCCCCAGACCUGUUUGCUGAAUGGAAGGACAACGUGAGGACCAUGGCUGACAGAGUUCUGCUGAUGAGGUCUCAGCUGAAAGCUAAGCUUCGGACUCUUGGUACACCAGGAACCUGGGACCACAUCACAAACCAGAUCGGCAUGUUCAGCUUCACGGGACUCAAUCCCAAACAAGUGGAGUAUUUGAUAAAGGAGAGGCACGUCUAUUUAAUGGCCAGCGGCCGCAUCAACAUGUGCGGCUUGACCAGCAAGAACAUCGACUACGUGGCCAAGUGCAUCCACGAGGCAGUCACCAAGGUGCAGUAGAAUAAACAGCCUGAGCUGCUCUGAUCUUGAAGCCACUCUUUGUUUUUUAAUUAUUACAAACACAGAUUGUUCACCUCCCCUCAUGCCUCUGUCUUACAAGUAUCUGUUAAAAAUUUUGAAACAUGCUGAAUUAUUUUUAUUCCACAGCAAUAUAUCAUUAUAUAAUAAUAUUCACAACUUUUUGUCUUCUUUUCUUUGUACUUGUAACAUGUAAUAAAGUGUAAGAGGACCAAACUAACUGCUGAGCAAUAAUAACUGGAACUUUUACUUCUAAAUAAAUGACUGAUCAC